UGCUCUGCUUCUCUACUUCAUGCCGCCGGCCAUAACUGGGUAUAAGCUCCCGUUUUUCCUGUGGCCCCGUGAAAGUCCCCUAAUUUUUUCCCGUCGGCUCUUCCCCAUACCGCCAGCUCCAGCCUUGCUUGCUGAGCAUUUUUGGUCCUUGAUUGUCCUGUGGCCUUAGCACUGGGAUUAGGCCUUCUGUUCUGUGUAAUUAAGGUAAUGAGACCCGACGCGUGGGAAGCCCGGGGGAGUGACGAGUUAGACGGCUAGGCACUUUUGGACUUAGGUUUUUGUAGCUAAGCCGUUAGUCACCCAUGCUUGACAUAGAAAAUUUUGUGUACAGAAUUUAGUGUUAGUCAUGAUUGUAUAUAUGAAGUGAUAAAUUUUGUACAUUCGACUGGUAACUAUUUGGUAAUUAAAAGGCUUAGAUCUG